AUGGCUCGAAGAACUCGAGCCCGUUCCACUGGACUUGAUGCUUCCGACCUCGAGAAUGAGCUGAGAGGGUCCUCACCGAAGAAAGUCAGAUGGCAAGGGAACGUCACCGCAACCACCGAGAGCGAGAAGAUAGAAACCAUUGAAAGUACAGAGGAAAUUUGCGAAUCUUUGGAUCGUUUGCCAGGAAAAGUCUGUCUCACGGUGCUUUGUCGACAUGGUCGGAUCAGCUGCGCAUAUUACCAUCCUACCGAAAGUAUAAUAUACGUGCUGGAGGAUACGCAAGAGAGUCGUCAAUUUGACAACAUAAACAUGGUUCUUGAUCAAUGUCAACCAGAUGUCGUCCUAACAAGUUCUCAGUCUGAUGACGAUCUCAUCAGUCUUCUCCAGGGACGGAUGGAAGCUUCCGCUGGUAUUUUUCAGAUCCGCCCUCACAAGGAGUUUGUGGCUCAUAGAGGGCGCGAGCGCUUCUUGUCGCUGAAGUUCCUUUCGGAACUAGAACAUAUUGAAUGUAAUCUCCAGUCAGACGAUUCCGAUAAUUCGGCGCCAAGGAAUGCAUAUGAAUUCAUGAAGCAGAGGUCAGCAAAUACCAUUGAUCCAACAAUGGCCCGCUGGAAUGCAGCAAUACGUAUGGCGAACUUUGCCUCUGUGGAGAAGUCUCCGCUAUGUAUGGCAAGCAUAGGGGCAUUACUUGACUUUCUUGUACGCGAACGAGCGGCGGGAGACCUUGAUGAUGCCGGAAUUGAAGGUCUGGAUGUUCGCAAUGUGAUGGCGAUGAACCUAGACGGUUUCAUGCAGAUUAACGCCGAUGCACUUUAUUCCCUUCAGGUAUUUGAGAACGAAAGCCACGCUUCUAUCCACUCCGACAAAACCAAAGAAGGACUUUCACUAUUCGGGAUCCUGGACACGACACGUACUACAUUGGGGAGAGCACUGAUGAGGACAUGGCUUUUACGCCCUAGCUUGUCAACCAAUGUCAUUGAAGCGAGACACAACGCGGUUGAGUGCCUGAUGUACCCCCAGAACCUUCCAGUCGUCAGCGGCAUUGCCGUCCACCUCCAAGGAAUUAAGGACAUCCCCAGAGUCCUACGCACGCUGAAGGCAGGCAAAGCGGUGGCGUCAGACUGGCAGAAAUUAAUGAAGUUCACUUACCAUUCAGCAAUAAUCAGAGAUGCGUUAGUAGAACUCAGCAGAAGCGAAUUGGUUGAUAUCAUUGGGCGAUUGACGGAGGCUCUUGAUAUUGGCAGCUACAAGGAACUAGGAAAUAUCAUCAACAACACAAUUGAUUGGGAGGAAUCGAGUUUUGCUGGUAGAGUUUGUGUCAGGUCACACAUUGACGAAGAACUUGAUCAGCGAAAACGCGUUUAUCAUGGCAUCGAUUCAGUUUUGUCGACAGUAGCGGCUCAGAUUUCCAACGCCGUCCCUUCAAACUUUACUCCGUCUCUGAACGUGGUGUACUUCCCUCAACUCGGAUAUCUUGUAUGCAUUCCGAUGCCUCAAAGCUGGCCUGAGACACAAAUCCAACUUCCAGACGGAUGGACCCUACAGUCUGCAGAGAUGCAUGAUAUGGACGAACACAUCGGCGACCUGCAUCCGUCGAUCGUAGACAGGGAGAUUGAGAUCAUCCAGGGCUUAUUAGAGCAGGUCUUGGGAUUUGAAGACGGCGUUAUUAGGGCGUGUGAUCUUUGCGCAGAGCUAGACUGUCUGAUCUCGUUUGCAGAAACAUCAGAAAGCUUCAAUUACUCUCGUCCACGUAUGGUCAAAGAAUCGGUACUAUGGAUAACCCAAGGAAGGCAUCCUCUUCAGGAACAGGUGGUUGACACCUUUGUUGAAAAUGACUUGCAUAUCGUCGGCGGAGGACCCAACCUCGAUCACUCGGACAACGAGAACGAAGAUAUCGAUGGCGAUAGCACACAUCCCGCCAGUAUAUUAAUCUGCACCGGAGCAAAUGCAUGCGGAAAGAGCGUUUACUUGAAACAAGCUGCGCUAAUUCAGAUCCUGGCCCAGGUAAGCCUCAGAUGGUCCAGCUUUGUGCCAGCCAAGGCGGCGACUCUCGGAAUCGUGGACAAGAUCUUUACCCGAAUUCAAACCAGAGAAUCGGUGUCCAGAGUACAAUCGGCGUUCAUGAUAGAUCUGAACCAAGUUUCUUUUGCUUUGAGGAAUUGCACGUCUAGAUCUCUUGUGCUUCUUGAUGAGUUUGGCAAAGGGACAGCACCCGCAGAUGGGGUGGGAUUGUUCUGUGGUGUACUCAAGCAUCUGCUCGGUCGCCGCGCCACUUGUCCCAUGGUUAUCAUUGCCACUCACUUCCAUGAAGCGUUUCGAAAGCAGCUUAUGGAUCGGAACAAAGUCCCUAUCACCUUUGUGCACAUGCAAGUCCUUAUCACAGAAGACAGCGACACGCUUGAAGAUACUCCUUCUGGUACUCCUUGGGACGAACACUCGAGCAACUUGGGUCCUGUAACUCCCAAUGCCAAGAUCACUUACCUCUAUCGUGUUGCACCUGGCCUCUCUGUCAGCUCGCACGCGGCUCAAUGUGCUGCGUUCUUCGGCUUGCCCACACGAGUUGUGAACCGCGCCGAAUACGUCAGCGAGCUUCUGGCAGAACAUGAAAUUGGAACGUUACUAGACGAAGAUCUAGAUGCAAAAGAACGGGCCGAACUCGAGGACGCUGAAAGUAUCUGCCGCGAUUUUCUAGCCUGGGACUUGACUGGCGAUGAAGCGAUGAAGCAAACCAACGUCAAAGAGUCUUUGCAUGAUGUUCUGAGGCAGACCUCUGACACUGGCUAG